AUGUGAACAGAAUGUGUCUGGCAGCAGAUGUUCCACUGGUAGAGAGUGGUACAGCAGGCUACUUGGGCCAGGUGACUGUUAUUAAAAAGCUGUUUGGUGAGGAAGAUCCAGAUCAGGAUGUGUCUCCAGAUACAGAGGACCCGGAGCUAACAGGAGAUGCAGGAGAAAAGGCUCUUGGAAAUGAGGCUAAAAAUAGUAUUGGAGGUAUAGAGCGUAAAUCUACACGGGGAUGGGCAGCAGAAACAGGUUACGACACAGUGAAACUAUUCAAUAAGUUGUUCCGUGAUGACAUUAAGUACUUGCUAUCCAUGGAUAAACUUUGGAAGAAAAGACGUCCACCAACUCCACUUGACUGGGAUAAACUACCCUCCACAGAGUUUGUGGAUGGACCCAUUAGAGACCAACAACUAUGGAGUGUUCAGCAAUGUGCCGAUAUCUUAAACAACAGCAUUAAGUAG